CAUCUUUAAGCGCAAAGCCAAAAGAGCUCAACCGGAAAAUUUGUCUUCGCACCGACAAGCGACAAACUACCUCGCUCCGUUUCCGUUUCCGUUUCCGUCUCCAUUUCCCCAGUUUCUUUCUCGCCAAAGGAUUCCCCUGUUUCCAAUUCAUUCAGAAACAUGAAGAGCCACUACGCCGCCACCGCUACCCUUCUCAUCCUUCUUCUCAAUGCAGUUGAUUUCCUCUGCGCGGUGGGUUUGGCCAAUUACAGCAGCAUCAAUGGCGAUCACAAGAAAUACACCCAGUUCCUUCUUGCUAACGGCGUUGCUCGCACGCCGCCAAUGGGCUGGAAUAGCUGGAACCAUUUCCAGUGCAAUGUGGACGAGGAUAUGGUUAAAUCCACCGCUGAUGCGUUGGUUUCAACUGGUUUGGCUGCUCUUGGAUACAGAUAUGUCAACAUCGAUGAUUGCUGGGGUGAACUGGAAAGGGACAAAAAGGGUAACUUAAACGCGAAAGCAUCCACUUUCCCUUCCGGGAUCAAGGCCCUAGCUGAUUAUGUGCAUGCCAAAGGCCUUAAACUUGGCAUAUAUUCUGAUGCAGGCUUCAGAACCUGCAGCAAGAAAAUGCCUGGCUCUCUUGAUUAUGAGGAGCAAGACGCGAGAACCUUUGCUGAAUGGGGGGUUGACUACUUGAAGUAUGAUAACUGCUACCAUGAUGGUUCCAAACCUCAUAUCAGGUAUGCAAAGAUGAGUUCUGCUUUGCUCAAGGUUGGCCGCCCAAUCCUUUACUCCAUAUGUGAAUGGGGACAAGAAGACCCUGCCAAAUGGGCUGGUCGAUAUGGUAAUGCUUGGAGGACCACCGGUGAUAUUAAUGACACCUGGGGAAGCAUUACAUCGAUUGCCGACCAAAACAACAUCUGGGGAAGAUAUGCCGGGCCUGGAAGAUGGAAUGAUCCUGAUAUGUUGGAAGUGGGCAAUGGAGGGAUGACCAUGGAGGAAUACCGGUCUCAUUUCAGCAUCUGGGCUCUAAUGAAAGCUCCACUGCUGAUUGGCUGCGAUGUACGAGCUGCUGGUACAAGUACACUGAGGAUUCUCGGAAACAAGGAGGUCAUCAAGGUGAAUCAAGACCCUCUGGGAGUUCAAGGCAGGAAAAUUAGAUCAAAUGGAGGCCUAGAGAUUUGGGCAGGGCCAUUGGCAGGGAAAAGGGCGGUGGUAGUUUUAUGGAACAGGAGUAAGUCUGAGGCUAGCAUCUCUGUCAGGUGGAAGGAAAUUGGCCUUUCUCCAAACACUCCUGUCAUUGUUAGGGACUUGUGGGCUCAUAAAUUUGUGUCAAUGGGUAAGCAAUAUGGAAUAACAGCGCGUGUGGCUCCCCAUGCUUGCAAGAUGUACAUCCUCAGCCCACCAAAGACCAAGUAAAGAAUGAACUCCUGCUCUCUGCCAUGUUUUGAAGCAGGCCAACAGAUGGCUGUCAGGCACAUUCCAUGCCAUCUGAAAUAUACAAAAAAAAUGUGAACUAAUUCGAUAGUUGUAUAUCUCUUGAUAGUUUUUUUUUUUUUUUUGACAAUCAGAGAAUUCUUGUAUUUCAUCCGAAAAGGUCCCAAAUGUUCGUUACAACAAUGGUGCAAUAAUAUUAACAAUUAAGAUCCAUUCCAAAGGUAACGAAGCUUCCCUAGCUUGGCGAGCAACCCAAUCUGCAAGUCGGUUAAGCCGUCGGGGUACGAACUCAAUCCGGAUCCAAGGAGCAGACCGAAGAAGGAGAGACAUCUGAGCAAUGGUAGCUCGAAAAUGCCAUGGCCAUGCCGAGGAGUCCUGAUUGAGAGCAAGAGAAAGCACUUGGCAAUCCGUACGAAUGCAGGUUGGAAUCCCAUCAUGAACCGCAAGCAGGAUGGCGUUGAGGAGACCAAGGGCUUCAGCCUGAAUCGGAUGCGAACACAGGAAAGUCUCAGCCUUGCCGUCGUACACCUGACCAUGAGAAUUGACAAAAGUAAUCCCAUAAGCCGCCAAUCUCGAGUCGGAAACAAACGACCCAUCACAGUACAUCACUCGAGAGAACGGCAGUGGUGUGGUGUUGGAACGGGAACCCCUAGGCUGAGGGUGCAAUAGAGUCGGUUGGAAAGAAGAGGAAAGAGCAGGAGAAGUCCGCGAUUCCUCCCAUUCCAUGAAGUCUCGACCCGACUUAAUUGCAGAUGAGGCCGGGGAAGGAGCCAUGUUGUCGAAGAUGAAAGCGUUCCGGGCAAGCCAAAUAUUCCAAAGGUGGUAUGCAAUCUUGCAAACAUGAGCGUCAGUGUGGGUGUCCUUCAGGUUGAAGAACCAAGAGGCGAAGGAGGCAUCUUGAGGGGGAGGGGCAAUCAAUCCUGAGAGAUGCCAAGUCUCCGACGCAUGCUGACAGUGAAAGAGGCUGUGCAAAAUCGUCUCUGGCGCGUCACAGAUGGGACAAUUUGGGCUUGGUGCACAAGACCUUGAGAAAAGUCUUUCCCUUGUAGCAAUGGCUCUUUUAGAGCAUUUCCAUAUAAAGAAACGAAUUUUUGGUGGGAGUGCCAAUGACCAGAGCCACUUCCAAUUGUUGCUGGCAGGUUGAUUAUUCAUGGGUGGCGGUGAAGAAGUUU